UACACGACGGUCGCGGUUUUACCUACUUGUACAGAAUAAAAAUCUUCAGUCAGGGAUUUUUUUCAGUGAACAUUAGUUUAUUUUGUUAGAAUUAAUAAUUACUGCUAUACGUGUGAAACACAAAAUGUUUUUAUAAAUGCUUUAGGUCAUGGGGAAAGUGUCACUUAAAAAACGAAAAUAACUUUCAAUAAAUAAACAUUGUUAUUGAUAAAAAAAAGAAAUGGAAAUUGUGGACAUUGAAGAAUGUCGCCCUGAGCCCAUCGUGGUUAGAAAGAAAAGUUUAUGGGCUAAAAUUAACAAUAGGACGACUUACAGUUAUUUAUUCAACAUAGUGAUUUCCGUUUUAAUGCUAACGUGUUUGGUUCUGGUGUUGUAUUUCUUCAAGGAAUAUUUGAAAAAGAUUUUAACUUGGGUGAAUAGCCAGGACGCCUGGGUAGUACUCCUGUUGUGUUUGGGGUUGUUUUUGAUUGUUAGUUUUCCGAUAGCGAUUGGAUAUUUAGUGUUGAUAAUAACGAGUGGAUAUUUAUUUGGUAUCCUGAAAGGUUUGGGGACUGUGAUAGUGAGUGCGAACUUUGGUGUAGCGGUGGCACAUUACACGCUGAGGGCUAUGCGUAGCUACCUACCGCUGGAGCGGUUCCUGGACAACGAGACAGCUCGGGCGCUGCUUAAAGUGAUCUCAGGCCCUCAGGCUUUCAAAAUCGUAUUUUUUGCAAGACUGACGCCAAUACCCUUUGGAUUGCAGAACACAAUAUUUGCAGUGAGCGAUGUCCAAGGCUGCGGGUACCACAUAGCGACCCUGAUAGGGCUCCUGCCAGCUCAGGUCAUCAAUGUAUACCUCGGAUCCACCCUCAGAUCCAUCCACGAAGUGCUGGACAACUCCCACGUCACUGGGUACAUUGUCUUCGCGUUUCAAAUACUGAUCGGCAUAACGCUCAUGGUGUGGGUGGUCCAAAAGGCGCGCAAAGAGUUGACAUUCGCCAUCAUGGCAGCGGAGCUGGGGCGGGAGGCGAUAUCCAGCUCAAGUAGUUCGACGAGCAGCUAGCCCACACCCAGGGCUUCCACUGAAGUGGACAGCGUAUCAGACGGCCGCUCCAGCUAGGGGCUGGUCCCAGACGGGUGCUUCCCAUUGGACGCCCGCGACGACGAGACAUACGUAUGAAUUUAGGGGCUAGCGACCCUGUGAUAUUAAUGUAAUCCCCGAUUUACCUCCAAGAGGGAAAGUCAACGAGGAAAGUCUAAAUUGUGUUUAUCUUCCGUAUAGGUACCUAUUAUAUACUGAUUAGUCACUAUUGAGCAUAAUUAUAGUAGUUAUUUUUUAUAACGAGUUUUUAACAGACACUUCCAAGUUAUUCCAAAUUUGAACGCCAUUGUAUUGCCAAGGUUUAUUGGUUCUCGCCUUGGGUAUAUCUUCCUUGAAAGCUGAAAAACGGUUUAUACGUUGGAACGAUUCCAACAUGUAUUUCUGUCGGGCAUAAACACGGGUUUUACAUUGCGUAGGACCUUUUAUUAUCGGACCGACUGACUAACUGUCACCUGAUCCAUUAAAUAAAUACAAAUAUUUUCGACAACGGUCCCGACGUGACUUAGGCUAAUCGGAGGAAUUCCGAUACGAUUUUGGCAAGAGACGAUUUCUUCCCACGCGUCUCACGAACGCGAUGCAUAAGAAAGUAAACAAUGACAAUUGGAAUUCCCCGUUAAUAACGGCUCGUUGAGUCAUGGCGUUUGAACCGCGCUGUUCAGACGCGUGCGCAAAUACUUGAUACUUAGUUGUCGUGUCGCGUUCAUAGUAAAGAAGUUCAAACGCGUCGUUCGUAAAACUGCCACUUACACCUAUAGAAAUAUUCGACUGCGCAAAUUACCGCAGCCUGCCGCCGAAUAAAACCGAAUAAUAACACAAUACAAAAACGACCUUAUUACAAGUACAUUAAACUAAAAAUCCAAAAACUGCGCUCAUGCGGACGGUUCAGUUCGCGAUUUCAAAUGGUGCGCUCUGAUAGGCUGAUAGGUUCAAAUAUUUUCGCGCCAUAAAAAAUAAGGACUGUAAUAACUCGUUUAAAAACAGUUCGCAGGUCAAAUUGCUCCCCAAACCUGCUAAUAAAUUUGAGCUGGAACGCAUUUGAACUUCGAUCGUUACACUUUUUUUAACUAUUUUUGACAUCGGGUUAAUAGUUUAGUAGAUCGAAACAAAUUGUUGAUGUUGUUGAAGUAAAAUGUUUACGCUAGAAAAUCAGAACUGAAACGGUAAAAAGGCCAGAACGAUUUUACUUUCGUUGUCAACGGUCUCGGCGGCGUCACUCUGAAAUCAACCAGACAAUUUUUCUUUUUAUGUUUUUUUUUUAAUUUAUACAUACAAUUAGGUAAUUUUUUUUUUGUUAUAGGAUAAUCGGAUGUAGUUUGACGACUGACAGAUUUGUGACAAACUGCACUGUUUAAAUAAACUGUAUGUAUUAUAUGUAGUUAACCGUUGCUCCGGCGUUUUAGAAAACCCAGUGUUAGUCAGCUAGACAGUUAAAUAUUUAAUGUGUGUACAUAGAAUAGUAGAUUUUUCAGUGGUAUGUGUAUUUAUUUUUACCGUUUUCAUGUCGGCAAAUAGUCUUACGCAUACAUACCUACAUAUAUUAUAAAUGCGAAAGUCUUAUCUGUCUGUUACGCAAAGCUAGACCGGUGGACUGCUAUCGCUUUUUUUUUAAUAAUUACUCCAAGUUCAAGCAAAGGCGUAUUUUUUUAAUGUGCAGAGAUACAGGCAAAGGCUUGUAUUUAAUGUUGCCAAAGGUCACUGUGUAAUUAUGAUUAAAGGUCACAUUAGAUUCGUUAUUGUGCAUAAGAUAAUACAAAUUGUAUGGCAAUAAUUCACAUGUGAAAUGUUUGCAUUUUACAUUUGUUUAAUGUUUAAGCAAGUGUUAACCUAGUUAUUAUCAUUAUUGCACUUAAGCAUAAAGGUUGUUUUCUACAAAAUUUGCAGUCCUUGUAAUAUUAUCUAUUUUAUUAAAAAAGACUUACAUGUGUGAUUAAUAUUUUUUUUAAAUAUUGUAUUUAACUAAAUAAAACUAAUGAAUCUUUUGGCAGGAUAUAAAAUUAGUUACAUAUUUUAAAAUUGGACUCUCCUUAUUUUUACUUUUGUUGUUAUAUUAAUUUCUCAUGUUAAAAAAUCAUUGUUUUUUUAUGGCAUUUUUUUAAAAUUUCCAGCGUUUUAGUGUUGCACGAUGGAUUUUGUCAAGUUCAAUAUCUGUGUUAACUAAUUUUAUUUAAAGGUUUAAAUGGAAUAAUUUUUUAUUUAAUAAUUAUUGAACUGACAAUUAUUAUUACGAUCAUUCUGUAUCAUUAGUCAUGUUGUUUUGUUUUUAUUUCAUACAAAAAAUAUUUUCUAUGAAAUAUCCCAGGUGGGUGGUUAAAUUCAGUCUGAAACCUAUUUUAAUGACACAUAUUUUUUAUGUAACGAUGUACUGUAGUUCUUUCUUUCCACGCAUAAAAGACUGAUUUUUCGUUUUA